AAAACAAGAAAGAACAAAUUCUGUAAUAAUUCAACCUAUAUCUCUACUUUCUAGGGUUCUUCUCUCUCUCUCUUUCUCUCUCCUCUGAUCCAAAUCCAACCCAUGUGCUAAAUUCCUAUCACAGAUCUUCCCCUUUCCUUCCUUUUAACGUUUCUUCCAUAACACUCUUCAAAGUUUCAAUCUUUUUCUCACAUUGAUUCUCUUUUUUUCUUCGAAUCUUUGAUUAAGAUUCUUCAGCGUUUUCAUCUCAAGGGUAUUUUUUUUUUUCAAUCACUCCUUCGUUUUUAUGGUGGAUAUGGAUGGUUUUGGAGGUGGGGGUGAUCUUGGUGGACCUCCUGGUUCUGGAGAUCUUAGGCAAUUGGGUCAUGUUCCUGUUUCAGGAGGUGCUGUUUUUGAUGCAUCACAAUAUGCAUUCUUCGGUAAAGAUGCUGUCCAGGAAGUCGAGUUGGGAGGGUUAGAAGAGGACGCCCGUUUGCCAACUUUUGAAUCUAAUGAGGAGGAGUUCUUUUUUAAUAGAGAACAGGAUGAGGAUGUGAGAUCUCUUUCUGAUAUUGACGAUCUUACAACCACCUUUUGGAAGUUGAACAAGGCUGUCAGUGGACCAAGAAACCCAGGUGUUAUUGGUGAACGUGGAUCCAGAGAAAACUCUACAUCUGAUCUGGCACAAAGAGACGAUGUUCAUAGCUGGUUUGAUCAGAAUGCUUAUGAUAGUGAAGGUUCAAUUGAUGGAAAAAGAUGGUCAUCACAGCCCCAAUCUUCUCUUGCCCAUUUGCAAAAUUCGAAGUCCUUGUACAGAACAUCUUCAUAUCCUGAGCAGCUAAGGCAAGAGCAAAACUACCACCUCCAACAUUGCUCUAGUGAGCCAGUUCACAACUGGCUUGAUCAGCAUAUUUAUGAUAUUGAAACAGCUCAUGAUGAGAAACGAUGGUCAUCUCAGCCGCAUACCUCGAUUCCACACUUACACGAAUCAACACCCUUGUACAGAACAUCUUCAUAUCCCGACAAACAACAGGAGCUUACUCGUUUUUCUAGUGAGCCAAUAUUGGUACAGAAGUCUUCUUUCACUUCUUAUCCUCCGCCGGGUGGUCGAUCUCAACAGGGUUCUCCAAGUCAUAGUACAGGCCACUUGAACAUUCCAUAUCACACUGGAGCAGCAGCUCAGAUGGCACUAUCAUCUCAAAAUCGACCACAUUUCUCCAAUUCUGCGCUACAGUUGAGUGGAUUAAACCUUGGGUCACACUUUGGUGGAAACACACGACAAUAUUCUACUGGUUCCUCCCCUCUUAGUCAACGAAUACAGAACCAACUGGUCAGCCAAGCAGGGUUAUAUCCAGGAGAUCGGUCCAACCUCCUUAGUAAUAUGCUGCAGCAACAGUUACAGCUUCAUAAUGGAUCAGUUUCUCCUCACUUGAUGACUCAAUUGCAACAGCAGCAGCAUAGACUGCAUCAUCCUGUUCAGCAAUCUGCAGGCUACUUGUCAGGUUUCCAGUCCCAUUUAUUCAAUCCCCACCUUUCUCCUAGCUCAUCCGUCAAUAGCAAGUAUGAUCACAGACAUAAAUCAAGUCAAAAAGGUAAACAUAGUCAUCGUUUAUCACAUCAGGGUUCUGAUGCCAGUAGCCAAAAGAGUGAAAGCAGUUCAUUACAGUUUCGGUCCAAGCAUAUGACAAGUGAUGAAAUUGAGAGUAUUCUUAGAAUGCAGCUUGCUGUCACUCACAGUAAUGAUCCAUACAUAGAUGACUAUUACCACCAAGGUCGUCUUGCAAAAAAACCUUCUGUGGCUAAGUUAAAACAUCCUUUCUGCCCAACCCAAAUAAAGGAACUUCCUUCCCGAACACGUUCCAGUAAUGAUCCUCAUGCAUUUCUUCAGGUUGAUUCCCUAGGGAGGGUUUCAUUUUCGUCUAUUCGUCGGCCUCGCCCUCUUCUUGAGGCUGAUUCUUCAAAUUCUUCCAUCCCUGGUAGCUCUGAUCUAAAGAUUUCAGAGAAGCCUCUAGAACAGGAGCCUACAUUUGCUGCCAGAGUCACAAUUGAGGACGGUCUUUGUCUUCUUCUUGAUGUAGAUGAUAUUGAUCGUUACCUACAGUCUAAUCAGCCACAAGAUGGUGGAACGCAAUUAAGACGAAGAAGGCAGGUCCUAUUGGAAGGACUAGCUACUUCACUUCAACUGGUUGACCCGCUGGGGAAGAAUGGGCACAAGGUUGGGCUUGCAGCUAAGGAUGACCUUGUUUUCAUAAGGAUAGUAUCUGUCCCUAAGGGACGCAAGCUCCUCGCGAAGUAUCUUCAAUUGCUUCUUCCUGGCAGCGACCUUAUGCGGAUAGUUUGCAUGACCGUCCUUCGGCAUUUAAGAUUCUUAUUUGGUGGUCUCCCCUCGGAUCCAGCAGCUGCAGUGACUACAUGCAACCUUGCCGAGGUUGUUUGCCAAUGUAUCCGUGGAAUGGAUCUUGGUGCUCUUAGUGCCUGUCUUGCUGCAGUUGUUUGUUCUGCAGAGCAUCCUCCUCUACGCCCUGUUGGAAGCACUGCUGGAGAUGGUGCUUCCCUUAUUUUGGUAUCUGUUCUUGAGAGGGCUACCGAGCUUCUAACCGAUCCACAAGCAGCCUGCAACUAUAAUAUGGGUAAUCGUUCCUUUUGGCAGGCCUCAUUUGAUGAAUUCUUUGGUCUUAUUACUAAGUAUUGCAUGAAUAAAUACCACAGUAUCAUGCAGUCCCUCCUUUUACAAAAUGCACCAAAUGUGGAUGACAUUGGAUCAGAUGCUGCUAAAGCAAUUAGUAAGGAAAUGCCUGUUGAACUCUUGCGCGCAAGCCUCCCCCACACUGAUGACCGCCAAAGGAAGUUAUUACUGGAUUUCGCUCAGCGUUCUGUUCCCGUGAUUGGAUUUAACAGUAAUGCCGGGGGCAGUGGAGGUCUUGUGAAUUCAGAGACAGUGUUAAGUUGAAAGAUAGCCAUGAGAAAUUCUUCUACUGAUAAUGGUUUUUGGGUUGAAAAGUCGCAUACAAUGCCACAACUGCAACCCUGAAAUUGUUCAAAUACAUUUGGUGCUCAAGUACUUCUGGAGCAAUCUUAAAUGGAAGUGUGAGUUGUAUCCUAUAUGAUGGAUGGAAGCUUCUUCCUCGUCCUAAAUUAUCUACUUGCUGUCAUUGUGCAGCAUUCAGAAACAAAUAUGCAAUCAGGCCGUUUAUUUUAUUAUGUGCUUGGCUUGAUUUGUUCCUCUUGUCUUUUAUUUUUCUAUUGACAAGGGAGCUUAUUUUGUUACUAUGUGUGGUAGGAACACACUAGUUGUUAGUAUGUACAGGUUUAGGUAAUAUAUGAUUCCAUGUCUCCUUUCUUAUUAUUACAUGGAGAAGGGUAAUGGUGGGUUGUACUCGCAUCAUAUUUAUGAAAGAACUGUUUAUUUUAAAGGGCUAUUGGGAUGUGCAAACUUUGCUGAGAAAGAGGUUGACAAUUGAGCAUGCUGAAAUUCAAACGAACACUGUAGUGAGGAAUAAGUUAUGUUGAACCUGCUGCGUAAUUUUAUCUUUCUUUUUUUUAAGAUACGAUUUAGAAUUGUCAAUUUGUAUAUAUGUGCUACUUAUGUAUUCCCUAACUUGUGAGAAUAUCCAGUUUAUUUUUUUACUGUUUCUGUAUGAGUUUGGCAUGCUUUUACUUUGGUUUUUGUUGAGGUUCAUUCCACUUUGUAGGAUGAUUGAAUUGUUGAAAGAAUGUACUUGUUGUUCCUCCCGAAUGGAAUUUCAUUUUGACAGUAA